GGGAGGCGGCUGUGGCGCAGCACGGAGACGCCGCAGGGCCCCCCCUCUUCCUCCCGGCCCCCCCCCGCUCUGCCUCCGACCCCCCCACAGCGGCCGCGGGGAAGGGGGGCAGGGGGGGCGAGCGCGAUGAGGAAAAAUAAAAAGAGAACCCAUAAGCGCACACCGAACCUGCCUCUGGGAGGGAGAUAGCCAGGUGGAAAACGCUCUCUGUUUCCAUGGACAACCCGUCCAUUAUCACCCAGGUGACAAACCCCAAAGAGGAAGAAAUCCUGUCCUGCACUCAGGAUAAAGUGUCUCAAUGUAAUCUCAGCUUGAAGAAGCAGAGGAGCCGAAGCAUCUUUAGCACUUUGUUCUGCUGCUUCCGGGACUACAAUGUCGAGUCACCGUCUCCCAACAGCAUCAGUGUACUUCCUCCCUUGGUGGAAGAGAAUGGCGGGCUUCAGAAGGGUGACCAGAUGCAAGUCAUUCCCAUUCCAAGUCCACCAGCUAAAUACCUCCUACCAGAAAUGACAAUAUCAGAUUAUGGGAAGAAAUGUGUGGUCAUUGAUCUAGACGAAACGCUUGUGCACAGUUCAUUUAAGCCAAUCAGCAAUGCUGACUUCGUUGUUCCCGUUGAAAUUGAUGGAACUAUACAUCAGGUUUAUGUAUUAAAACGACCGCAUGUGGAUGAGUUCCUCCAACGAAUGGGAGAUCUCUAUGAAUGUGUGCUUUUCACAGCCAGUCUAGCAAAGGGUUACACAAGAGGCAUCGCGCUACACGUCAAGUAUGCAGACCCAGUGGCAGACCUGUUGGAUCGCUGGGGAGUGUUCAGGGCCCGGCUCUUCCGAGAAUCCUGCGUUUUCCACCGAGGGAAUUACGUGAAGGAUCUCAGCCGCCUGGGGCGAGAGUUGAGCAAAGUCAUCAUUGUCGACAACUCCCCUGCAUCUUACAUCUUCCAUCCUGAAAAUGCAGUGCCUGUGCAAUCCUGGUUCGACGACAUGACUGACACGGAAUUGUUAGACCUUAUUCCCUUCUUUGAAGGACUAAGCAAAGAGGAGGAAGUCUACACUAUGCUUCAUAAACUUUGCAACAGGUAGCCGAUUUGACCGGACUCGUGGCUCCGCUGUGGCCGCCCAGGGCACGCAGUCUCGCGCCGCUUCGAGGAGGCUGCUCCCGCCGAGAGUCGUGCUACUCCCGAUCUUCCUCUUACAUGCUGUACGUGAAGGACAAUCAUGGGUUGACUCUACUCCAUCUGGGGAAUACUGACGCCGUAAGGUGAUAGAACUACUUUUUAUAAAAAAAAAAAAAAGAAGCUAUUUUGAAUGGGACAGUUUUAAUGAAUUUCAUAAACGGACACGUUUUACAGGAUCAGCUUUUUUUCUUAAAACAUGCCAAAAAAAAUUAAAGUUUGAUGUUAUUUCAGCAGCUCGACUUAACCCCUUUCCUACUCACCCCGCCCUGCUAUGCAGACCACUUUGACCCCUGACCCCCGCCCCUGCUUGUGGAGCAGUUGACCUGACUCUGGACUUACUUUCUUCCAUAAUGAAGUGCCUUUUUGAAUGUUGUUUUAAGAUUUUAAAAGAAAACAAAAAUCAUUUUUGUAUAAGGCAUAUUUCCAGACAUCUUUUAGUCUUGUAUUGUUUAAAUGCUUUAAGAAGACAAAGAAGAGCAAAGUUGGAAAUGUUUUUAUAGAGCGCUGUAAUAUAUGGAAAUGAGGAAAAGGUUGACAUAGGUGGUGGGUUUUCAUCCUGUCUCCCUGAUGAUAGUUGAGUUUGUAUUAGCUACACAUCUGUCAUGCUGGAACGUUCCUGAUUGUAUAAGGAGGAAAUCAUCUGGGCCAGGGGUCUGCAAUCUGCAGCUCUCCAGAUGUUCAUGGACUACAAAUCCCAUCAGCCCCUGCCCAUGCUGGCAUGGGCUGAUGGGAGUUGUAGUCCAUGAACAUCUGGAGAGCCGCAGGUUGCAGACUCCUGAUUCUGGGCUGUAUACAGGUUGGUGGUACCACUGUUCGGCAAAUUGAGGUUAUGUUUUGCACAUGGGUGUAGACAUGUUUUGACUGAACAUGGAGAAAUUGAAUGGGUGCACACAGUGGCAGUAAGUUUCUCCGCGCUUUCCCAGUGGGGGAAUUACGUCUUUACUAACGCACAACUCCGGGUAUAUUUUUGACGUGGCUGGUGAUGAAAUAAGAGAUUGAAAAAAAAAAUGGGUUUGUUUAUCAUUCAUUAAUCCCUUCCUUUCGAAAAGAGGAGUAUCCAGAUAUUCAAGACACGUGUUGAGCUUUUAGAAGUUUGAGCCCCGCUGAACGGAGUGUAGGAAAUCACUCGAGAUGUGAAAUUUUGAAGCCCCGAGAAAACAAAAAAUUGGGGGAAAUUGGAAAUACAUAUAUAUGCGGUACCUGUCAAAUUCGGAUUUUGCUUUUCUAAAUGAGCACGCUAGCACGGGGAAGUGUAUUACGGUAAUCUCAUGAAAUUUCAAACCCUUUGUUUUAUUUAAUAUUAAUUGCAAAUGUAUCCCGCAGCUGGAAAAUGGAGCGGCAAACCCAAAGUACUGCAAGGUGAAAAAUUGAAAUAGUCAACAUUACAAUAAAGGAAAAUUUUAUAAUCAA